AAAGACUUUACUCAAUAGCGAUAGUGUCAUUCCUACUACUUUGUCCUUCUCUUGGAUCUCUCUCUGUCUACUUUUCUAUAUUUGGUCGUUUUUUUUCGAAGUAAUAUUUCUUCUUCGUCGAGUAAUAAUUUCUUUCUACCAAAAAAGCCAUGAACAUGGGUGUGGGCAAGAGAGCAUUCGUGACCUUUCUUGCAGGCGACGGAGACUAUGUCAAAGGCGUGGUGGGGCUUGCCAAGGGCCUCCGCAAGGCCAACACUCGUUACCCUCUCGUGGUGGCCGUGCUGCCGGAUGUUCCCGACGACCCCCGCCGCAUUCUUCGCUCCCAAGGAUGCAUCGUCCGGGAGAUUGAGCCUUUCUAUCCGCCUGAAAGCCAAACCAAAUUUGUCAGGGCCUAUUUUGUCAUCAACUACUCUAAGCUUCGCCUUUGGGAGUUUGUAGAGUAUGAGAAGAUGAUGUACUUGGAUGCAGACAUACAAGUGUUUGACAACGUUGAUAACAUAUUUGACUCGCCAAAUGGCUACUUCUAUGCUGUGAUGGAUUGCUUUUGUGAUAACGAAGUAUGGUGUAACUCUCCUCAACACAAGAUUGGCUACUGCCAGCAGCGCCCUGAGAGGGUGCAGUGGCCUGCCGAGAUGGGGUCGCCGCCACCGUUGUACUUCAAUGCCGGCAUGUUCGUUUUCGAGCCUAACCUCGUCACUUACUCUAACCUCUUGGAGACCGUCAAAAUCACAACUCCCACUACCUUUGCCGAGCAGGACUUUCUGAACAUGUACUUCAAGGAUGUGUACAAGCCUAUUUCAAAUGUUUACAACCUCCUUGUGGCCAUGUUGUGGUUUCACCCUGAGAAUGUGGAAAUUGACAAGGUCAAGGUUGUCCACUAUUCUGCAGACGGAGCAAAGCCAUGGAGGUACACAGGAAAGGAAGCGCAUAUGGACAGAGAAGACAUAAAGUUGUGGGUGAAGAAGUGGUGGGACAUUUAUGAGGACGAAUCCUUGGACUACGAGAAUACUACUAAAAAUAUUGUGGAGAAUGGAGAGAUAAGACAAACAGAUGUGGGUGAAGAAACUAGCUAGCCUAAGAUUAGCAGCUUGCUAGCAUAUUAUAAUUUAUAUAUUGCAUAUAUAUAUAUAUGCAAUAUUCUAUACAUUGGUAUUAUUGCCAUGUGUGUGAACAAACCUAAUGUAAGUUGAGAAUAAGCAAUACGGUUGUUAAGUUUAUUAUGAUGACCGUAUAUAUAUAUUUCAAAAAGAAAAAAAAAAAAGAAAAAGCGUCUAUGGAACUAGAUGCAUUGCUUCAGAUUCUGUGGUUAAGUUAUGCUAUGUAAUAAUUGAUCUUUCUUAAAAUUAAUAUAAGGGUAAAUUGUAUUGUUGCAUCUUA